AAAAAAUAAUAAUGACGGAGGGAGGGAUGCGAAAAUCAUUCAACAUCGAGUUCCGUUUUAGCGCAAAUGUCAAAAAAUCAUGCUUUCAACACAAGUUGCAGCUGCAGAAGGGAACAAUAUUUAGAAGAACGUUUUACAUAAUUGGUUAUCGAAAUGCCUCCCCUUAAAAAGUGCUACUACGAAGUGCUGGGGGUCGAGCGGAAUGCUGGGGAUGACGAGAUAAAAAAGUCGUUUAGGAAAUUAGCCUUGCAACUUCAUCCAGACAAGAAUCCCGACCGUGCGGAUGAGGCGAAGGCAGAAUUUCAAGUUCUUCAACAGGCAUACGAGGUCUUGAGCAACCCACAGGAGAGGUCUUGGUAUGACUUGCAUCGACAAGCCGUCCUUCGUGAAGGACUCGAUCCGGAUUUCGAUGACUUCAACAUUGACCUCAUGGCGUAUUGUACGUCGUCAUGUUAUAAAGGAUUUGGUGAUGAUGAUGAAGGGUUCUAUGCGGUUUACAGAAACCUUUUUGCAAAACUUACAACGGAAGAGUUGGAGGCAGGGUGGGCUGACGAACAUGAUGAUGAUAUUCCUAAUUUUGGUGAUUCUCAAAGUUCUUAUGAGGAGGUUGUUGGUACGUUUUAUGGAUUCUGGGAAUCAUUCUGUACCAUGAAAUCAUUCGCAUGGAAUGACGAAUAUGACACUCGUAGAGCGGAAUGCAGAAGGAUAGCACGGUUGAUGGAUAAAGAAAACAAAAAAAUUCGUACCGAUGGCAAAAAAGCAUGGAACCGUGAAGUUCGGGCUCUGGUUGACUUUGUAAAGAGAAAAGACAAGCGUGUCCAGGCUUGGAAAGCUUUACAAGAAGUUAGACUCAAAGAGAAGGAAGAGGAAAUUUCCAAGAAAGCAAAGGAAGCCAAGUCGAAGCGUUUGGCUGAAAGGAAGAAAUUACUAGAAUCAGUUAAAUCUCAUAAGGCGAAAAAUGAAUCAUUACAUCAACCUGUUUUACGAGAAAUGGAACAAUGGAUGUCCAACGAAUUUGGAGAGCAAUUAUCUGGAGAUUCUGAUGAAGAAGCGCCAACUUGUUUUCAUUGUGCUGCAUGCAACAAGUCUUUUAGAACCGAAAAAGCAUUUACAAAUCAUGAGAAAUCCAAAAAACAUCUGCAAGAAGUAGAAAAACUUCGAGAGUUGAUGAAAGAGGAGGAUGAAUUAUUUCAAGAUAGUGAAACAGAAGAUGUAGAAGACGAAGGUAAUGCCGAAGAAGAAGAAGAACAUGAUGUCGACGAUGGUCCAGAGGAACACGUUGUGGAUGAGACGACGAAGAAAGUGGAGGAUUUGCAUAUUAAAAAUGAUUCUAAAGAUCAACAAGAGUCUGCUAAAUCUGAAAAUGAGAGCGAAGAAGAAAAGGUUGACGAAGAAGACGAUGAUGAUCUAUUACAAAAGCAAUUCCUAGCCCGUGCUACCAAGAAGAAAAAUGGAAGAAAUCCCGUAUUCUUCACGAAUGAGGAUUCUGACAAUGAACUUGCUCCACCCAUCAACACCCUCCUUAGUUCCGAUGAAGAUGAUAAACCUAAAAAGAAACCCAACUCUAAAAAGGCAAAGAAGCCUAAAAAACCGAAGGCUACAAAUCCAGCCAACGCUACAACUACCGCAAAUUCAGCCGAAGCUGCGCCCGUGAUACCAAAACCAACUGUGGAUAAUUCCGAUGGAUUCUUCAACAGCUCAGACUUAACUUGUAUUAUAUGUAACGAAAAAUUCAGUAGCAGAUCGCAACUUUUUAGACAUAUUAAAGCAACCGGACACGCAGUACCUCUUGAAGUUUCGAAAAAAGUUAAAGAAGCUCCCCUUCCGGGAGAGAAAGUCAGCAAGAAACAGCGUCGGGGUAAAAAAACGGCCGAAUGAAAUCAAAAUUAUUUGUAAUAAAAUCCUAUCCCUGUUUUUACGAAUUUGUAAAA